AUGGGGACUGACUGUUCUACAAAUGGUGAUUGUAACUAUCAUGGCUAUUGUUCUGAAGGAAUAUGUUCUUGUGAUUACGGAUACAGUGGUUCUACCUGUCAAUAUAAUGCUUGUACGUAUAGCUAUGAAUGUGGUUAUGGAUACUGCUCAUCUGGUACGUGUGUGUGUAAUCCUGGCUACACAGGACCCUUUUGUGACAUGGGUACUGACUGUUCUACAAAUGGUGACUGUAACUAUAAUGGCUAUUGUUCUAAUGGAAUAUGUCAUUGUGAUUCUGGAUACAGUGGUUCAACCUGUCAAGACUAUUUUGGCUGGAACGAUGAUAAAUACGACUCCUCAGAUUCAUCAGGUGAAACUACAUAUAUUCAGUACAUCGUUGGUGUUGUUAUCUUCUUUGUUGUUACCAUAGCAAUAUGCAUCAUCCGACUGAGAUUGAGGAGCCGAGGACGUAAUGUUACUAGCACCUCUAGAUUUACCACUGUGACAACUGGUACAAGUCAUCCAGUAGUUGUGGGAACAACAGUACCACCACAACCACCAUCUUCACAACAACCAUAUCAGCAUUACCCUUCUUGGUAUGAACCAUUUCAAGGCAGUCAACAGAACAGACGAGCUGAUACGACGGUUCCUAUUGUGAUCACACCACCGCAACCAUCAGCACCAGCAAUAGAACAACCCCCGGCAUAUAACAGUGUGUCUACUCAGCCCGGAGAAGAAAGUCUUCCGCCACCUCCAAGCUAUGAUGCCGCAAUGGAGAUGAGGGAAGGAGAUGUAACUGGUAAUAUUCCAAAUCUGUACAGUGCUCCGCAACCAGCUCUGGCAAGAGAAGAUGAUAGCGAAGUAUAGUGCUUUAUUACCACUAUAGCAAUAAUAGUUGGACACUGAAAAGUUAUAGCAGCUCAUGGCAUUACUUCACAGGUACCACGGGUAUGCCAGUGUUUCGUGUGUAUAAGAGGGUAUGACCAAUUGAGUUUAAAAACAAG